GGCCACCUCACUGAGCCUGCGCUGGGAGCCCCCGGCUGCCCAGCCCGAUGGAUACACCCUGCGCUACAGCCCAGUGGGGCGGGACAGCUCCGAGCCCCCCACCCGCCUGCCCCUGCCCCCUGACCGCACCACCCUCACACUGACCGGCCUCCGCAGCACCACCCAGUACACCCUCGCCCUGACUGCCCACCGCGGCCCAGAGCAGAGCCCUCCCGCCAGCACCAGCGCCACCACCGCGCCGAUGCCCACCCUGCCCCCACCUGGCCGACUGCACCCAGAACCCACACGCCCCUCAGUGGCCCGUCUCCGGCCGCCUGGCCCUGCGGGGAAGCCAGGCCCCCGGGCCACCCCGGCCAACGCCUCCUCGCUCCCCAGCCAGCUCUUCUUUCGGACCAUGGCGCAGAACCUGACGGCCAAGCUGGCCCGGUACAACGGGACCCUGCUGCAGCGCCUGGAGAGUUACCUCCGCGCCACACGCUACCCGCUCCGCGGCAACCAAACCAUCGCCAGCGUGGCCAGGACCAUCUACCUCUACCUGGUGCACAGGAAGUCCCUGGAGGAACAGGAGAUGGUCUACGUGGGGCUGGGCCAGCAUUCGAAGGAGCUCGGGGUCAUGGCACCCACCCUGGGGCACCCUGCGGAGGAGCCCACAGGGCCUCCCGGCCACCUCCAGAUAGCCGGGAAGGAGGGUGGCAUCUUCUCGGAGGGCUCCCCCGGCUGGGCCACGGGGCCCAGGGGCCACGCCAAGCCGGCGGUGGUGGCCCACUCCCCCGGCGCCAUUGUGGUCUCACUGGAGGGCAUGCGUGGCCACGCAGAGCGCAUGGUGGUCCGCUACUGGCGGGUGGGCGACGGCGGAGGAGCGGGGGAGCUGGCGGUUCCCGGCGACGCCGCGGCGGUUCGCCUGCACGGCCUGGCGCCUGGCACCACCUACCAGGUGGAGAUCCAUGGCCUGGUCCAGGGGCGGCUCUCCAAGUCCUAUUCCUUUGUCGCCUCCACAGCUCCAGAGGCAUCUGGCACCGAGCCCCCCCCCACACCCAGCCUCUCCCGCCCUGGGCCACCCCCAGGGGACCUGGCCGUGACAGAUGUCUCAUCCGACCGGUUCCGCGUCACCUGGACGGCCACGACUGGCACCUUCCAGCACUUUGUGCUGCAGUACCAGAAGCCCGGCUCUCGGGUGCCCCCCGGGCAGACCCAGGUGCCUGGGGGGAAGAGGAGUGUGAUCCUCACCCAGCUGAGCCCCGGCACCGAAUACGAGGUGGAGCUGCGGGGGGUGGCACCUGACGGGACCAUCUCAGAGCCCAUCACCACCAGCGUGUCGACAGCACCCCUUGGUGGGGGCCCUGGGCCAAGCGACCUGGGGGCCUUGGGGGUCAGGAACGUGACCAGCGAUGGGUUUGGGCUCCAGUGGAGGGCGCCGAAGGCCCUGUUCCAGUCCUUCCUGCUGCGCUACGAAGAUGCAGCCGGGCGCAUGGGGCCCCGGGAGGCCGAGGUGCCGGAGGACCAGCGGGCGACCCGUGUUGGGGGACUGCGGCCUGGCACCGAGUACAACGUCACGCUGUAUGGGGUGCACCGCGGCCAGCUCUCACCCCCACUCAGAGCCAGAGUCCGGACAGCACCAGCAGAACCCGGCACCCAGCCCAGCCUGGGGGAGCUCUCGGCCUCCAAUGUCACCCACGACUCCGCCCUGCUCUCCUGGACCGUCCAGGCCGGGGACUUCGACUCCUUCCUCCUGCAGUACAAGGACGCGGAGGGCAAACCCCAGGCCCUACCCGUGGAUGGGGGAUCCCGCACGGUCACCGUCACCAACCUGGCCCCCUCCCGCAGAUACAAGUUCAACCUCUACGGAAUCUCCGGCCGCAAGCGCCUCGGCCCCGUCUCCACCGACAGCGUCACAGCCAAGGAGCCGCGGGAGCCGGAACUCACCCCCCAGCCCAGCCUGGGGGAGCUCUCGGCCUCCGAUGUCACCCACGACUCCACCCUGCUCUCCUGGACCGUCCAGGCCGGGGACUUCGACUCCUUCCUCCUGCAGUACAAGGACACGGAGGGCAAACCCCAGGCGCUGCCCAUGGAUGGGGGAUCCCGCACGGUCACCGUCACCAACCUGGCCCCCUCCCACAGAUACAAGUUCAACCUCUACGGCAUCUCCGGCCGCAAGCGCCUCGGCCCCAUCUCCACCGACACCGUCACAGCUGCAGCGCCACCGAAGGAGGUACCCACCACCCAGCCCAGCCUGGGGGAGCUCUCGGCCUCCGACGUAACCCACGACUCCAUCCUGCUCUCCUGGACCGUCCAGGCUGGGGACUUCGACUCCUUCCUCCUCCAGUACAAGGACGCGGAGGGCAAACCCCAGGCGCUGCCCAUGGACUGGGGAUCCCGCACAGUGACCGUAACCAAUCUGGCACCGUCCCGCCGAUACAAGUUCAACCUCUACGGCAUCUCCGGCCGCAAGCGCCUCGGUCCCAUCUCCACCGAUGCCAUUACAGUUGCAGUGCGGCGGGAGGAAGAAACCACCGCCAAGCCCAGCCUGGGGGAGCUCUCGGCCUCCGACGUAACCCAUGACUCCAUCCGGCUCUCCUGGACCGUCCAGGCCGGGGACUUCGACUCCUUCCUCCUCCAGUACAAGGAUGCGGAGGGCAAACCGCAGGCGCUGCCCGUAGACGGAGAAUCCCGCACGGUCACUGUCACCAACCUGGCCCCCUCCCACAGAUACAACUUCAAAUUCUAUGGUGUCUCCGGCCGCAAGCGCCUUGGGCCUAUCUCCACUAAUGCAGUCACAGCCACGGCACCGACAGAGGCGGUACCCACGGCCCAGCCCAGCCUGGGAGAGCUCUCGGCCUCCGACGUCACCCACGACUCCAUCCUGCUCUCCUGGACCAUCCAGGCCGGGGACUUUGACUCCUUCCUCCUGCAGUACAAGGACGCGGAGGGCAAACCCCAGGCGCUGCCCGUGGACGGGGGAUCCCGCACAGUCACCGUAACCAAUCUGGCCCCCUCCCGCAGAUACAAGUUCAACCUCUACGGCAUCUACGGCCGCAAGCGCCUCGGCCCCGUCUCCACCGACACCGUCACAGCCAUGGCGCCGCAGGAGGAGGCAGUUGGGAUGCAGCUCCGCCUGGGGGAGCUCUCAGCGGCCAACGCAGUCCACGACUCCAUCGACCUCUCCUGGACCGUGGAAGAGGGGACAUUUGACUCCUUCAUCCUCCAGUACCGGGACGCAGAGGGCAACCCCCGGGCGCUGCCCUUGGACGGUGCCCUGCGCUCCCUCCACCUCCAUGACCUGGCCCCCUCCCACAGAUACAAGUUCAACCUCUACGGCAUCUCCGGCCGCAAGCGCCUCGGCCCUGUCUCCACUGACGCCGUCACAGCCGCAGCACCGACGGAGGCAGUACCCACCGCCCAGCCCAGCCUGGGGGAGCUCUCAGCCUCCAACAUCACCCACGACUCCAUCCUGCUCUCCUGGACCGUCCAGGCCGGGGACUUCGACUCCUUCCUCCUCCAGUACAAGAACAUGGAGGGCAAACCCCAGGCACUGCCCGUGGACGGGGGAUCCCGCACGGUCACCAUCAACAGCCUGGCCCCUUCCCGCAGAUACAAGUUCAACCUCUAUGGCAUGUCCGGCCGCAAGCGCCUCGGCCCCGUCUCCACCGACGCCGUCACAGCCCCGUGGAAAGAGGAACCUGCCCCCCAGCCCAGCCUGGGGGAGCUCUCGGCCUCCGACGUCACCCAUGACUCCAUCCGGCUCUCCUGGACCAUCCAGGGCGGAGACUUCGACUCCUUUAUCCUCCAGUAUAAGGACAUGGAGGGCAAACUCCAGGCACUGCCCAUGGACGGAGGAUCUCGUACAGUCACCGUAACAAACCUGGCCCCUUCCCGCAGAUACAAGUUCAACCUCUACGGCAUCUAUGGCCGCAAGCGCCUCGGGCCCGUCUCCACCGACACCGUAACAGCCUCGGCACCCACAGAAGAGGUGCCCACUGCCCAGCCCAGCCUGGGGGAGCUCUCGGCCUCCAACGUCACCCAUGACUCCAUCCGGCUCUCCUGGACCAUCCAGACUGGGGACUUCGACUCCUUCCUCCUACAGUACAAGGACACGGAGGGCAAACCCCAAGCACUACCCGUGGAUGGAGGAUCCCGCACGGUCACCGUCACCAACCUGGCCCCCUCCCACAGAUACAAGUUCAACCUCUACGGCAUCUCCGGCCGCAAGCGCCUCGGCCCCAUCUCCACCGACACCAUCACAGCACCCACAGAAGAGGUACCCACCCCCCAGCCCAGCCUUGGGGAGCUCUUGGCCUCCAACGUCACCCACGACUCCAUCCGGCUCUCCUGGACCGUCCAGGCUGGGGACUUCGACUCCUUCCUCCUCCAGUACAAGGACACGGAGGGCAAACGCCAGACUCUGCCCAUGGACCGGGGAUCCCGCACGGUCACCGUCACCAACCUGGCCCCCUCCCGCAGAUACAAGUUCAACCUCUACGGCAUCUACGGCCGCAAGCGCCUUGCCCCCGUCUCCACCGACGGCGUCACAGCCGCAGCACCCACAGAAGAGGUACCCACCCCCCAGCCAAGCCUGGGGGAGCUCUCAGCCUCCGACAUCACCCACGACUCCAUCGGGCUCUCCUGGACCGUCCUGGCCAGAGACUUUGACUCCUUCCUCCUGCAGUACAAGGACGCAGAGGGCAAACCCCAAGCGCUGCCCGUGGAUGGAGGAUCCCGCACGGUCACCGUCACCAACCUCGCCCCCUCCCGCAGAUACAAGUUCAACCUCUACGGCAUCUCCGGCCGCAAGCGCCUUGGGCCCGUCUCCACCGACACCGUCACAGCCGCAGCACCCACAGAAGAGGUACCCACCCCCCAGCCAAGCCUGGGGGAGCUCUCGGCCUCCAACGUCACCUACGACUCCAUCCAGCUCUCCUGGACCAUCCAGGCCGGGAACUUCGACUCCUUCCUCCUGCAGUACAAGGACACGGAGGGCAAACCCCAGGCUCUGCCCAUGGGCGGGGGAUCCCGCACGGUCACCGUCACCAACCUGGCCCCCUCCCGCAGAUACAAGUUCAACCUCUACGGCAUCUACGGCCGCAAGCGCCUUGGCCCCGUCUCCACCGACAGCGUCACAGAUGCAGCACCCACAGAACAGGUGCCCACCGUCCAGCCCAGCCUGGGGGAGCUCUCAGCCUCCAACGUCACCCACGAUUCCAUCCAGCUCUCCUGGACCGUCCAAGCUGGGGACUUCGACUCCUUCCUCCUGCAGUACAAGGGCGCUGAUGGCAAACCCCAAGCACUGCCCAUGGAUGGAGGAUCCCGCACAGUCACCGUAACCAAUCUGGCCCCCUCCCGCAGAUACAAGUUCAACCUCUACGGCAUCUUCGGCCGCAAGCGCCUCGGGCCCGUCUCCACCGACAGCAUCACAGCCCCGUGGAAAGAGGAACCUGCCCCCCAGCCCAGCCUGGGGGAGCUCUCGGCCUCCAACGUCACCAACGACUCCAUCCGGCUAUCCUGGACCGUCCAGGCUGGGGACUUCGACUCCUUCCUCCUGCAGUACAAGGACACGGAGGGCAAACCCCAGGCGCUGCCCGUGGAUGGAGGAUCCCGCACGGUCACCGUCACCAACCUGGCCCCCUCUCGCAGAUACAAGUUCAACCUCUACGGCAUCUACGGCCGCAAGCGCCUCGGGCCCGUCUCCAUCGACAGCGUCACAGCCGCGGCACCGAAGGAUGAGGUACCCACCCCCCAGCCGAGCCUGGGGGAGCUCUCGGCCUCUGAUGUCACCCACGACUCCAUCCGGCUCUCCUGGACCGUCCAGGCUGGGGACUUUGACUCCUUUCUCCUCCAGUACAAGGACACGGAGGGCAAACCCCAGGUGCUGCCCGUGGACGGGGGAUCCCGCACGGUCACCGUCACCAACCUGGCCCCCUCCCGCAGAUACAAGUUCAACCUCUACGGCAUCUACGGCCGCAAGCGCCUCGGACCCCUCUCCACCGACAGCGUCACAGAUGCAGCACCCACAGAACAGGUGCCCACCGUCCAGCCCAGCCUGGGAGAGCUCUCGGCCUCCAACGUCACCCACGAUUCCAUCCAGCUCUCCUGGACCAUCCAGGCCGGGGACUUUGACUCCUUCCUCCUGCAGUACAAGGACGCGGAGGGCAAACCCCAAGCACUGCCUGUGGAUGGAGGAUCUCGUACAGUCACCGUAACCAACCUGGCCCCCUCCCGCAGAUACAAGUUCAACCUUUACGGCAUCUUCGGCCGCAAGCGCCUCGGGCCCGUCUCCACCGACAGCGUCACAGCAGCAGCACCAGGAAAGGAGGAACCUGCCCCCCAGCCCAGCCUGGGGGACCUCUCGGCCUCUGACGUCACCCACGACUCCAUCCGGCUCUCCUGGACCGUCCAGGCCGGGGACUUCGACUCCUUCCUCCUGCAGUACAAGGACGCGGAGGGCAAACCCCAGGCGCUGCCCGUGGACGGGGGAUCCCGCACGGUCACUGUCACCAACCUGGCCCCCUCCCGCAGAUACAAGUUCAACCUCUACGGCAUCUCCGGCCGCAAGCGCCUCGGGCCCGUCUCCACCGACACCAUCACAGCUGUGGCACCAUGGGACAAGGGAGCGGGGAUGCAGCUACGCCUGGGGGAGCUCUCAGCCUCCAAUGUCACCCACGACUCCGCCCUACUCUCCUGGACCGUGGAGGAGGGGACCUUCGACUCCUUCAUCCUCCAGUACAAGGACGUGGAGGGCAAACCCCAGGCCCUGCCCGUGGACGGGGAAUCCCGCACAGUCACCGUCACCAACCUGGCCCCCUCCCGCAGAUACAAGUUCAACCUCUACGGCAUCUCCGGCCGCAAGCGCGUCGGGCCCGUCUCCACCGACACCGUCACAGCCAUGGGGCCGCCAGAGGGGGAACCCACUGCCCAGCCCAGCCUGGGGGAGCUCUCGGCCUCCAACAUCACCCACGACUCCAUCCAGCUCUCCUGGACCGUCCAGGCCGGGGACUUCGACUCCUUCCUCCUGCAGUACAAGGACGCGGAGGGCAAACCCCAGGCGCUGCCCGUGGACGGGGGAUCCCGCACGGUCACCGUCACCAGCCUGGCCCCCUCCCGCAGAUACAAGUUCAACCUCUACGGCAUCUACGGCCGCAAGCGCCUCGGCCCCGUCUCCACCGACACCGUCACAGUGCCGCGGGAGGAGGGAGCCGGGAUGCAGCUCCGCCUGGGGCCGCUCUCAGCCUCUGAUGUCACCCACGACUCCCUCGAUCUGUCCUGGACCGUGGAGGAAGGGACCUUCGACUCCUUCAUCCUCCAGUACCGGGAUGCGGACGGCAAACCCCAGGUGCUGCCCGUGGACGGGGGAUCCCUCACGGUCACCGUCACCAACCUGGCCCCCUCCCGCAGAUACAAGUUCAACCUCUACGGCGUCUCCGGCCGCAAGCGCCUUGGGCCCGUCUCUACCGACGCCGUCACAGCCUUCCCGGAAGCCUCCAGCGUGAUGCCCGCCCGGCUGGAGCAGCUGCUGGUCUCUGAGGUGACCCCGACCUCCCUGCGGCUGCGCUGGGACGCGCCCGAGGGCGACUUCGACACCUUCCUCAUCCGGUACCGGGCCGAGGGCUGGGGGCCCGCCCAGGAGAUGCCGGUGCCGGGGGCCCAGCGCUCGGCCGUGCUGCGGGGGCUGCGGCCCAGCACCGAAUACGGCUUGGCCGUGUACGGCCUGCGGCAGGGCGAGGAGACGGCCAAUGUCCAUGGGGCCGCGCGGACCAGCAGCCUCGAGCUGGAGAGCCCCCGGGACCUGCGCUUCAGUGACGUCCGAGAGACCUCGGUGGGGGUGACCUGGGGGGCCCCGUCCACCCACGUCGACCACUACAAGGUGUCCUUCCAGCUGCGCCACGGGGGGGAGCCGCAGAGCGUGAUGGUCGAGGGCACCAGGCUGCAGACGAUGCUCGAGGGGCUGAUCCCCGGGGCCAGCUACGAGGUCAGCGUCAUGGCCGUGCGGGGCUUCGAGGAGAGCGAGCCGCUGGUGGGCUACGUCACCACGGUCCCCGACGGCCCCUCGGACCUGCGCGCCGUCAACGUCGCCGACACCUUGGCCCUGCUGCGCUGGCGCCCGCCCCAGGCCCCUGUCCAGAGCUACGAGCUGAGCUACGGGCCCCCCCAGGGCCCCUCGGUGACACUGCAGCUCCCUGGGGACCGGGCCGAGCACCCCCUGGCUGGGCUGCGGCUGGACACCGAGUAUCUGGUCACCGUCCAUGGGGUGACGGGGGGCAACCGCAGCUCCCCCGCCAGCGCCACCUUCACCACCGGACUGGAUGCUCCCCGGGACCUGCGAGCCACCGAGGUGACCCCCCGCAGCGCCCGGCUCUCCUGGACCCCCCCGCACAUCCCCCCCGCUGGCUACGUGCUGAGCUACGAGACGCCCUCCGGCCAAAUGCAGGAGAUCCCCCUGGGCCCUGACGCCGCCUCCCACCAGCUGAGCAACCUGACCCCGUCCAGCCGCUACCAGGUCUGGGUGCAGGCGAUCCGGGGGGGCCACCCCAGCACCCCCAUCGCCACUUCCUUCAACACCGUCUGGCUGAGCUACCCCUUCCCCCGGGACUGCGUGGAGGAGCAGCUGAACGGGCCGGGCCCCUCCCGCGAGGUGACCAUCUACCUGGGGGGCGACAGGCAGCGCCCCCUGCAGGUGUACUGUGACAUGGAGACCGACGGGGGCGGCUGGCUGGUGUUCCAGCGUCGCAUGAACGGCCAGACAGAUUUCUGGCGCGACUGGGAGGACUAUGCCCGGGGCUUCGGGAACCGGUCCCAGGAGUUCUGGCUGGGUAACGACGCCCUGCACGAGCUGACGGCGGGGGGGGAGCAGGAGCUGCGGGUGGAUCUCCGGGCCGGGGCCGAGGCCGUGUUCGCCCAGUACCAGCGGUUCCGAGUGGACCCCCCCAGCGAGCAUUAUCGCCUGCACCUCGGCAGCUACCGCGGCACGGCCGGCGACGCGCUGAGCUACCACUCGGGCAGUGUUUUCUCGACCCGGGACCGGGACCCGAACCGGCUGCUGAUCCCCUGCGCGGUGUCCUACCGCGGGGCCUGGUGGUACCGCAACUGCCACUACGCCAACCUCAACGGGCUCUACGGCAGCCGCCGGGACCACCAGGGCGUGAACUGGUUUAACUGGAAAGGUUUCGAGUUCUCCAUCCCCUUCACCGAGAUGAAGAUGCGGCCGCGGCGAGGCUGAGGGGGCCGGACGGACGGAGGGACACGAGGG